CAUUUUGGAGUGCGUCACACCAAACAGUGAUGACCCGUCACCCGCAAGCGGCGCCAUUUCACUAGUCAUUCAUUGGCGGCAGAAUUUACUUACCAGGAGUAAUCAAGGUGUGAUUUCAAGAUGGUGAAAAUAUUUGUAGGCAAUCUAGCCUCAAGCACCACAGAGGAAGAGCUGCGUAGCCUCUUCACCCAGUAUGGUAAGAUCUCAGAAUGCGACAUCCUUAAGAACUACGGUUUUGUCCACAUGAGCAGUCAGACUGAGGCAGAGGAGGCUAUCCGUAACCUCCACCACUAUGAGCUGAACGGUGAAGCCAUGAAUGUGGAGAUGAGCAAACGGAGGCCAAAGUCCACCACCAAACUGCAUGUCAGUAACAUCCCGGAAGACUGCAGCAGUGUGGACCUAAAGGCCAAGUUUGAGGAGUACGGCCCUGUGGUGGAGUGUGACAUAGUGAAGGACUACGCCUUUGUGCACAUGGAGUGUGUGGAUGAUGCCAUGGAGGCCAUCAGCAAACUGGACAACACAGCCUUCCAAGGUGUUUAUGCGAGUCGUUGGACUUUUCAUUUUCCUCCAUCCUCCGAGCUGCGUGGUUCCUCCCAGCUUCGAGACGUGCCACAAAUAAACAAACCGUUCAUGGUUCCAACUCUAAAAUGUGACUUCGUGAGACAACUUUGGGUGGAAAGUGGCGUUCAUCAUCUCCCUGGCACCUGUGUGUGCCAGUGGCCUUCAGAUAAAUUGUCUUCUCAACUAACGAAUCAAUCCAUCUUCUCAAACAUCAUCAUUUCUCUAUUUUACUUUUUUUCCUGUUAUAUGGGCGUUGCUAUUUGGAACCUCAUUAGUGUGGUGAUAAUACGGUGUGAUGUUGAAACUAGCUUGCUCUACAGGCUUUCCAGUAGGUUUUAUCAUGGAUGUCACUUUUGAUUUGAAACCUGUGUAUUUUUUCUCCCUCACAUGCUGCAUCUCCUAGACAUCCCUUAAAGCAGAUUGUUGUAGUAUAUUUGUCUGAAAGGGGUGGUUUUGGAGAUUUGAUACUAGCAAUAUCUUGCUUUUAUUUCAGUUGUACAGUUAUUCAUCUUGGUUAUGUUAUUGACAUCCCAGUAAAUGUUAUUUCUAUGUUGAUUUGGCCCUCUAAAACACAUUUUAUAUAAAAGUCUAUCAAUGGCACCAAGUAAAAUGUUACAAUGUUACAAUUUAGUUUUGAGCACAUUUGGUGUGAGUGUCCAUCCAUCACUCUUUCUGUUUUAUCAUACUGCUUCUGAAUUGAUAUAAUCCCAGAACAUACAUUCCAGCUUUUAGAUCUAUAAUGGCAUUUUAAAGGGUGAUUUACAAUAUUACCUGAAUCAUUUGGUAGAUUAACCAUCUUGACAAGAAUUUUAAAACUGCAAUCAACCGAAAGAGCAUUUAGUUUGUAUGAGGUUCCAUCGUGCAUCAAAGUUAACACAAAAAGCGAUUCUGGAGUGUAGUUGUCUGUAUUCAAGUGUCAUCAGGGCCUUAAAUUAUCAAUUUAUACCCCCUCCCCCGCCUCUUGUCAAUUAGUCCAUCAAAAGUGCUUUGGGCCGCGUCUACUAUCUUGUUUGUAAUUUACGUUUCCGCAUAAUUUUGGUAUUCUAUAUGGGCAAGAUUGAUGGCAACAUGGCAUCGAGCGGUAUGACAAAAAUGAAACGGUGUAACUCAGGUCUUUUACAUCACCAUUGAGAUGACAGGUUGCUUGUGUUAUCAAUUUUUGGGUGCCUUUGUGAGCCCAAUUGGGAUAUGUUGUAGUUUGUACUUCCAACACAGUCAAAGCGUGUAUGUCUAAUGCAUUUUUAUUUUUAAUAAACCGAAAGUUAUUUUGGUGA